AGUACCAAUAUGAGGACCCGCGUCUUUCAUAUUCGCUCUUCCUCUUUCUUUCGUUCGGUAGAUGUUGAGGACGAUCGAUAAUUUAUUGCUUCUAUGUUUAUUUCAAUGCAGCUGCAGGGCAGAGGCAGACACUACAUACCCGUCCCAGUUAUACGCCUCUUAGUACGCAAUUAUGAUAAUCGUUGUAGAAAAUUUUUAACGGCUACAGUAUCAUGUUCAUGUUGUCAACAUUAAACUAGUCUCAAAGUUCAAGCCAAAGUGUCUCGUGCCUACGAGGCCCGCUAGUGCUUAUCUAUACUCUCAUCAAGCAUGAUGAAUGCCCUGCUUUAAAGGUGGGAGCGUUGAGAAUAAGAUCGAUUGUUCGUCAUCUUAGUCUGGAAGAGAGUCCCGCCCAUACCAGACAUAACUUUCGCUGUCGUCGUAGAGUUCUUCAUCCCUCCUUGAAAAUUAUCUCCAUCCGAAGCAAUGACGUCACUCUACGCCGUUCUGAGAAACAGCUUGUGGGAGGGUCCAGCUACCGCAAAUACAAAUCCAGUCUACAACUCCUUCAGAGUAUUUUGCGAACAGUGUGGGUAUGAGACAACGAGGCCCGCCCCCGCCACCAGCACUGGACCACGUUCCACCAGUAUGAAAGAGAAAAACUGUGUAAGCGUAAGUCUGUGAUGCAAAGCAUGAGACACUGUUACACUUGUCAUGCUGGGCAACCAUGAAGUCCUAUUUCAUUUGCUUUUUCACUUACUAGCUGCGCAUGACAGGCUUUGUCUGUCAUGCAGAACAGAUUUGUCAUGCCGUCACCCCAAGACACCUACACUAACACAGUUUUUUUGUUGGAUAACCAGCGAGGAGCUAGCUGCUUCCGUGGAACAAGAAAAGACGACCAACAGCAAGCAAGCACAGACCGCUCCUGCCGGUCGUGAUCUACAACUUGUCGGCAGACGGACUGGCAACGAUGCUGAACUUGUUGCAGAAGAAGGAGCACAAAAUAAAACAUCGUCGAGAAGUGGCUUCCCGGCGAACGAGAACACCGUCGCGACCUUUCUCACAUGGAAGUUUUCCUUUAUGUGUGCCGGUUUGCUUUUCGGGUUGGUGCAAUUGGGCCUGACCUACAAAACCGAGGAGGACGUCAUCGGGGAGUACAAGGGAUACCUGGCGCAGUUCCCAGACGCGGUCCAAGCUCACGGCAGCCUCGUGUCUGUAUUCGACAGUUUUCUGGAUGUGCUGUAUGCAUACGAAGCAUCGAUGUGGGGGAUUGCUGCCUUUUCCUACGGACUUCUGCUCGUUGCCGCAGUGCUGCUGCGUCUGGCCGUGGUCUCUUCGUCCUCCGAAAGCAGCGAAGCCGAUGUUGGAGGUGCUGUAGUUGCUGCGCAAGGUGUAUUAAACGAAAAUGCGAAUGUUGAAGAAGCAGGAGUUGUAAAAAGUCCUCCUGCAACGGCGAAAAAUAUCACCCUAGUAAAGAUCAUGCCGGAAGAGAAAAAACUGAGCGCGCUCAAAAAGAUCCAACUUUCGUCCCGCUUGAUGCUGCUCGCUUGGUUCCUGGGUUUCGCGCCCCCGUUUUUCGUCAUCAUCAUUUUUCCGGUGCGCAUGCUUCUCGAUUGGACGGACGUCCGGUCCAGUCUCUGCCAAGACGCCAUCACGAGAACGCUGGCGCUGCCCGGGGUGGGCACGCAGCUUCAGGAACAGCUCGCGGUGCUGGAGCAGACUUCCGACAUGGGCAGUUUUGUCACGACCACGGCAGCUGCGCCAGCCUCUGCGUCUGCCGUCGGAACAGCAGGAGCUUCGGGAACUGGUACUUCUGUUGGACUUUCUGCAGCCUCCGGCUCCGUCGGCUCGAAAGCAAGCGCGAAGGCCGCCGCUCUCCUAGGCACGAGUAGUGGCACUGCUGGCAGCAGUGGCACAUCAACUGCAAGCUCGUCAUCGACUCCUGUUGGUACUACUAGUUCAGCAUCAUCUUCAUCGGACACCACAAUUACCGUGAAUGGUAAUGCAAUUAAGCAAUGGUGCGCUGCGCAGGGCGAGGACUGGAUCACUGAGUUCUUUGAAAAACUUGACCACUGCACCAGGCUAGCAGAGACAAACUGUCGCACGACCACGUGCGGCAACGCCGCCGUUGCCACUUCCCCGUCCGCUGGUGCCCUGACCAGCAGUUUUAGCCGUUUGGAGUUGGCUUGUCUGACCAACUGCGUCCAGUUUGUCGCUGCGCCCACGAACAGCACGAUUUUCGGCGAGAAUCUAGACGGCUCGCCGGUGCUAGCUGCCCUGCGGACCACACAAAAAGCCAGCUACAAGCAGGACUUGGCAACGUGUUUAGCGGCAGCGAAUCCACCCACGAGUGCUUCCUCGGGAGCAGGAGGAGGUAGUGGCGCAACUAGUACGAGUGGAACAACAAGUGCGACGUCGUCCUCGUCGAGCCUGACAACUUUACAGUUACCCGCACUGGCCAGCACGACGCGGCGCCAGCCAGCUUCGUACGGCUCGCUUUCCGACUUGACUACCGAACAGCAACAUGUCAAGGGCCUGUACUUGAAGGACCUCCAGGCAAAGGCGGAAACAGCGAUGUUGCAAGCCGACCACGUGAUCGGUCUGAUGGUCGGCCUGAUUUUCGGCCGGCAACUCCAGACCUCCGCCAUGGCGUUGGUUGGCGGUAUUGCGGCGGCGUUACUCAGCGUGAAGGCGUUUUUCCCAGACGACAAGCACAGCCUUGUGCUGCUGCUGGUGACUACCCUGGAAGCCAUCCCGCUCUACAUGGCGCUGCUCGGGAUUUUCAACCAAAUGCUGGUCGGCGGCUCCUCCACGGCGUCGUCUUCCUCCUCGUCCUCUCAAAGCCUGGACUACUGUUUCACGAUUGCCUGCGUUUCGCUCGUCCUCUACGAAGGUGCAACGGCCACCACGGGGGUCCGCUCGUGGCGAGCGAAUACGGGAGGAAAACUUAACCUCCGCGAGAAGCGGGACGAAAUGGGCGGGUUUUUGCAAAAGCAGUACAUUCUAUACGCGGUCUUGUUCCUUGUCCUUGCCGUGGCACUUUACUUGUGGGCAAACCAGGAGGGGAAGGCCACGGAAGAGUACGGCGCGACGGACUACGCAAUCGAGUACAUGCUGGAUUUCGAGAUGAUUGUGUCCAUGACGAUCAGCUACUACGCAAAAAAAUGCGUUACUGCGGUCGCAACCACGGAUCUCUUCCUCAGUGCUUUUGUGGAGGCGGACCACGCAGCAGCCGAUGCGAUGGGGAUGCACGCAGCGUCGAAGCAGGGAGGAGGUCCUCGCUCCGAUCCUUCUCGCGGCAAUGAUAGAAUUUUCCCCGCCGGAGCGGACGACACCUCGGCCAGCAGCACCGCCGUGGACGAGGAACACGCAAAGUUUACUUACAGGAAAGAGACACGCAAAAACUUCCGAUCUCUGUUCCUGCUUGAAGACCGGAAGACUGCUUAG